AUGAUACAUCCUGAUGCAACUCGAAACAGAGCAGCACUGAAACACAAAUAUAAGCAGAUGAGUGUGGCAGCGCAAGCUGGUAUGAAGCAUAAUGAACUGAUUGAGCAAGGAAUUGGUAGGCAUCGGCAUAAUCCGAUGGCAUUUGAAGGGCAGCCGCUGCAGAGCAUGAGGUAUCCCGAAAAAAACGUGUAUGGAGUCUAUGAUUAUCACUUUCCAUACACAGACCGGUCGUUCCAGCCAAUGUACAUCAAUCCAAAACAGCUCAACUGGAUAAUGAAAAGAAAAGCAAGGCGAGAUGUGCUUGAUUCGCUCAUGGUGGCGAAUAGGAGAAAUUAUUUGCAUGAGAGCAGGCACAUACAUGCAAUGAAGAGGCUGAGGGCGCCAUCAGGUAGAUUUCUGACCAAGAAAGAAACAGAAGAAUUCAUCAAGAAAAACAGCGUUUAA